AUGACACCCCUAUCUGCGCUUCCGUCCUCGGAGACCACCGCUAGAGAAACCUUACGUUGCCUGCAGGGGCUUGAAGAGUUCAAUAAAGUUCGAAUACUUGUAACCGGUGGAUUGGCCCUAUUGAACCAUUUCCCCGGCAGUGAGAAAGUCGAAUUUCUCGUCUUUCUUGAAGGUGUAUUUGAUCAUAGGUUAGACGAGCAUCCUUCCGGGGCUCCAGAUCUGUUUAAAUCGAGACUAUCGUCCAUGCACCCAGACAGCUUUCGGCACCAACUCAAUCUAUUCCGAAUCAAUGGCAUACAACUUCAAUUCAUACCAAAGGAAAUAUUACCCUAUGUCCCACAAGGAGCAAGAACGAUCGCAGAGACCAGAGAAAUGAACACCAAUGACCUACCGUAUAUCUCUGGUUUAGACCUGUUCGUUUACAUGGUUGUGAGUUACGAGAUGAGUACGGAAACAUCAAACGGAUGCGCCUAUGUUAGGGUGAUCACGAAUUUCUUGCGACAUCUCCAAUCUAGGGGACCAGUCGUUUUCUCGUCUCAGCAAAUGGAAUCUUUGGCUAGCGGAUUAGAUUGGCUUACGAAAUAUGGCCGAUGGGACCAAGAGCAGUGGGUGCUAGAGUUGGGUCUUGAUUGA